ACCAUAUUGGUAAAUGGCUACUGUAAGAUCCUUGCGGUGAUAUUUAUGAAUUAUUUUUUGCAUUUAUGCAAUGAAUCAAGCAGAUGAAAAUGUGGCAGAUACGGUUGUUAUUGGUGCGGGUUUAAGUGGACUGUGUGCAGCUAGACAAUUGGAGAGACAUGGUCACAAUGUGCUGGUGCUGGAAGCAAGGGAAAGAGUAGGAGGGAGAACCUACACAGUACAGGAUGAAGAGCAUGGUGCAGUGGAUCUCGGGGGUGCAUAUGUGGGCCCCACCCAGAACCGUGUAUACAGGCUUGCACGAGAACUUGACCUCUCUGUCUAUAAGGUCAACUAUAAACAGAAAUCUGUGAUGGACAUCAGGAAAUGCUGGGGAGAGUUCAUGGGCACUGUACCACCAUUUUGGAAUCCAAUCAAACUUCUAGACCUGAACAACUUCAUACGCACCUUUGAUGCCAUGGCUGAAGAGGUCCCUCUGGAAGCCCCAUGGAGUGCCCCUAAAGCCGAGAAAUGGGACCGCAUGACUGUGGCCCAGUUUGUAGACAAAAUCAUCUGGACCAGGUCAUGUAAAGAGUUAGCUGACAUUUUCUUCCGCUCAAUCCUGUGUGUGGAGAUGUAUGAGAUUUCCCUGCUGUUUGCCCUGUGGUAUGUGCGGAGUGGGGGAGGUGUACUCAGGAUCGGCUCAGUAACCAAUGGGGCCCAGGAGAGAAAAAUCAAGGGUGGCACUCAACAGAUCAGCCAAGGUCUUGCCAAGCUGCUGGAAAGGGAGGUAAAACUGUCAUGUCCUGUUGUGAAAGUCUCCCAUGGGGAAAAAGGUGCUUCUGUUAUGGACUCCCAUGGCAAUGUUUAUAAGUGUAAAUAUGUUAUAAGUGCAGUACCCGUGACCUUGCUCAACAGAAUGGAGUUUGAGCCUCCAUUACCAUCGAAAUACAUGCAGCUGAUACAGAGAAUGCCCAUGGGAUCGAUCAUUAAAACUGUGAUGUUUUACAAAAAGCCGUUCUGGAGAGAUAAAGGUCUGAAUGGUAGUGCAAUGUCAUCAGAGGGGGUGGUAGUGUACUGCCUGGAUGACACUAAGCCAGGUCAAGAACACCCGGCUAUCAUGGGCUUCAUUCUGGCUCGCCACGCCAGGGCUCUAGCCCAAGCUUCAAAAGAAGUCAGGAAGGAGAGUCUAUGUGCCUACUACGCGCGGGUGUUCGAUUGUGAAGAGUUUCUUCACCCUGUUGGAUACAUGGAGAAAAACUGGAUGGAGGACCAGUACUCGGGAGGAUGUUACUGUGCCGUGCUGCCCCCAGGGGUGCUCACUACAUACUCCAGUUGUCUUCAAGACAGAUGUGAUUGUUUGUACUUUGCUGGCACUGAGACAGCUACACAGUGGGCGGGGUAUAUGGAAGGGGCUGUGCAGGCUGGGGAAAGGGCUGCUAACCAGAUAUUAUACCACGAAGGUAAAGUGUCCAAGUAUGAGAUAGAUCCAGAUGAGCCUGAUUCCCGCGACUACCCAGCAGCACCGAUCCCUUUCAGCUACCUAGAGCACUAUUUGCCAAGCCCCGGGGCGGUGCUAAGAUUUGGCAUAUUUUCUGCACUGGGUUUCCUCUCGUUCAGUUUUUAUGUUUUCAUGUUCAGUUGGAAGGGGGCGAUGUUUUACAAAUGGUUCAAAUGGAGAUACGAUGUUGAUGAUAUGACGAUGAAAACAUUGUACAAAAAGAUGCAUGUACCCAGUAGAUUGCCCUUUUUGAAAAGAUAAGUUUUUUAAUACUUCUUAAAGCUGCACUCUCACAGAUUUACAAUUUUUGCAAAUUUUUUAAUUUUUGUCUUGGAAAGAGAAUUUUUUUGCAUAAUCUGCAAACCAAUGAUUAAAGACUACUGACAAAAGAUCAAAUCACAGAUGUUCAUAUUUCCAUUCGAAAAUUAAUGUUUUAUAGCUUAAACCUAUGGUUUAAGAAAAAUGCAUAAAACAUCAAUUUUCGAACUUAAAUAUAAAAAUCUGCGAUCUAGUGUUUUUUCAGCAGUCUUAUAUAACUGAUUUCCAUGGACUUUUGGACAAACAUUGGCUCGUUCCAAGACAAAAAAAUAAAAAAGUUGUCAAAACGCUAAAUCUGUGAGAGUGCAGCUUUAAUACUUGUGUAUUUAUGAGUUUUAACAAGUAUUUGUCUUUAAAUAAGUUAAGUCAUCGAUCAUUAGGAUGCUAAGAUGUAUUAGUGCCUUGUAGACAUAAACAUCGACCUUUUUAUGUUUAAUUUAUAUUGAUUUACCAUUUAGGCAUUGUAUUAUUUAUGCAUGGAUUAAGUUUUAACACCAAAAUGACACUACUAUUAUGAAAUUACAUAUCAAAGGGAGGUAAUAACACAAAGAUUUACUAUUAUCAUAUAUUUUAUUUUCUUGUUUCUUAAAUGACAUAAUGCCUAUAUUAAAUGAGCUGUCUGUUGUACUUUUAUCAUGAAACUUUACAAGUGCCAUGUUUUGUAUUAAUGAUGGACCUAUCUUUGAAGGUCCAAUAGUUGCUGUUUAAAUGUUUUCAAAUGUAAAAUAUCUCUGUUUGACUUGGGUGUUUUUAAAAAAACAUAUAAAUGUGAUAAUUUAUUACAUGAGAUUAAUUUUAUAAAAAAAAGUGUUAAAAAAAGAAGAAAAUAGGUAAAUAAUAUUGCGCCAGCAGCAGGAACCAGGGGCGGUAUUCAUAAAACUUCUUCAGUCAUUUCCAAACUUAAAUCAUUUCCCUUAUAAAUGUAUCUCUCUUUUUACAUGAUAUAAUAAGUUAAUUAUAUCUGAAAUACUUUCUUUUCAAUACAGCAGUCAUAGAAAUUUGACUUGGAUGAACAAGCCCAAAUUCUUAUACUAUUGCUAGGCAUCAAAUUUUUUAACAAGCCCUGCUAUAUAAAAUUCAGAAUUUGAGCAAGCCCGGAAGACAUUUUACCAUUGCAGGGCUUGCGCAAGGCUUGUGCUUAUUUCGACCACUGAAUACAUUUUCAAAAAUUCAUACUUACUUGGUUAAAAUUUCAAAACACAGAUACUAUUCUUUUAGUUUGACUACAGUAUAAAAGAAUUAUAAAAUAAAAUAAUAAAAAAAGAAUUAGGAAAUUUAUGAAUACCACCCCCAUCCUGCAGUUGGGAAUCCUAUCCCUGGUACCAUGGUUGACAUAUACUUUUCAUUUAAGUUUUAUGAAAGAUAUAAACACAAUUUACUAUUAUAGUGGAUUAAGUCAACAAUUCAUUGAAAGCAGGUGCAUUUAAAUAUUUAUGUUCUUGGGGUAAGUUGUAGUUGAACAGUUAUCUCUUUGUGUGAGUCUUUGCCAACAUGUUUUAGUCUCAGUCAGAAGGUAAAUAGGAUGUGUUUAAGAGGUCGGUCUUAUGCAACCAGGCCCCAAACAUCACAAAAAUACCCAAGUCAAAUCUCAAUCUCAACUUAUCUACCAAAUAAAAGAAUAGUAUAAUUCAAAAUCUUGCAUGUUUUUAUACUUUUUGAUAAUGAUUUUUUUCAUAGAUUGUUAUGAUAAGUAGAUUUUGUCAAAAUUUCAAAGAAAACUGAUUUUAGAGCAAAAAUAUACAUGAGUUAUUCUUAAUAAAACAAUGAACUGUACUCAAAUACAUUUUGCCUGUAGAAUAUUUUUCACUUUGAAUCUUGACCAAAGGCCUAAAUCAACAUAGUCUAUGAUAGAAUGCGCUUUUUAAAGGUGUAGAAACAUGUAUGAUUUUUGACAACUUUUUAUGCUAUGUGGUAAAAUGGGUUGAGACUGAGAUUUAGAUUUGACUUAAGACUUUUCGUCAUAUUAGGGCCAUUAAUUAAUUUUUUUAUAAUGGUGUUCCCGAAAUCAGGAAUAAGAGCUUUUAUUUUCAGACUUUUGUAAGUUUUUUUUGGCUCAGACAUUUGCAUCAAAAACAGUAGGACUACUUCCAUGAAUAUAAUAUGGCUUUGUAAACAGUUUCCGAAGGGGUUUAAGCCCCUUAACCUGCUUUGAGAAUGUAUCCCUCAGACUCAAAACAGAGCCCCUCCCUAAAUACCCCUAAUACCUCCUACAGCUGGUCUUUCAGGAUUGACAAUUAUCAGCUGU